CACCAUAUUUGGAUCUGAUAUGGCAUGUCUCCUGACUACAAUCAGCAAAUCCUCUUUUUAUUGAACCGUGAAAUAUUUUAGAUUUGUUAAAAUACUUUUUAACUGACUUUGGUCUAUCUUUUGCAUUAUGAUAGCCAAGUGAUAAGGGUCGUUUCACGUGGCUUUUUAUGUUCAUCAGCUUUACAAGGUGACAAUUUAACGUGAAGCUAUACCUAGUUAGGCGUGACGAAAUAAAGGAUGGCAGACGUAGGGGAGCGUGAGAAAACAAUUGCUGAUGUGAAUUACAGCACCCAUAUGAUAACAAAAGGAAAGAAUAGCUACGUAGUAAUCCCGGUGACCAUAGAUGAUCUACUGCCAGCCAGUGGGCUAAAGAAAACUUUUGGUGGAGAAAAGGCAAAAAAUGCUGACAUAUCAAGUUUAGAGUGCAAGGGCAGUGAAGCCAGAAUUGUGGUGACCAUGAAAGGUGGAACUCUGAAUGGACUACGCUAUAACUUGGUGUUUGAUGAUAAGGAAUGCAGUGAAUUAAGUGGAAAAGAGAUACAACCAGAACCAAAAAGUUAUACAAAGGUGGAAAAGGCAAAGUUAACAGUGUAUCUAUGUUACCAAUGAAAGGACCAAAAGAAGACAGUAUAAAAAUAUGUUAGAAUUUCAUUUUCUAAGUACCACAAACAUUAUCAUUCAGAAGCAGAAUGAUGGAUUUGGUGGGUUAAUUUUAUACAGAGUCAGUGGUAGCUUGUAUAUAGAGGAAAAUCAAGUCAUACUUUCCAUUUUCCUGUAAUUUUAAUACAUUGUUUAAAUUUAUUUAUGAGAAAUUGUGGAUAAUUUCUUGGUCACGUGAAACUGAUUUCAAAAUAUCUUUAGUGGUAAUUUUAAAUAGGCCAGUAAACAAGACCAGUAAAAGUAUUGUAGAUCAACUCUUGUUUUUCAAUAAUUGGUGCUUAGAACAUGUUUUAUAUCUAAAGCUAAAAGAUAUGCUAGGCCACAUGACAUUAUUACCUUUUCCUUUAUUCCUACAGCAUGAAAAUAACUAUAAUUUUUAUCCAGUUUAUUAAUAUUUUGUAGUGAUUCCUGGUACAAGGUAGCUUUUUAUCCAAUGUAUAUUCAGCAUUAUAAAAACUGUUACAGUAGUCAUACAAGGAUGUAUUAUUUAUAUUUACCUGUGAUAAUGAUUAGUGACCAAGUAUGUUAUAAACAAUAAGUUUUAAAUAACGAUAGUAAUACUUUGCUCAAGUUUUUGUAGAGAAUAAAAAGUUCUUGCCAGCCAAGCAAAUGCACUUUGCCAUUUGCUAGUAGGUGGUGAAAUUGGAGGUAGACAUGAAAUACAAAUGUGAUGAACAUAGCAAAUUGAACAUUUUUCAUGCAUUUGUAAAGAAAUCCAAUAACUGCUGUAAAAAGUUUUAGAAAGAUGCAUUAAUAUGGAAUGCUUGGUUAACAAUUGCUAUUUUACAUUUUGAUUAUUAAACAUUUAUGUGAAGUUUGACAGUGGUUAACUGUCAUCCUCCUUUUUCUUACUGUGAUGAGUUCUAUAGUUAAUCUAGUUUAACUGCAGUUUUAUAUCCUAGCUCAUUUGGAUUGAGUAUUGUUGUCUUGACACCCCUAUUGUUUAAACAGUGUAGUAAAGCAUAGAUAUUAUAUAUUAUGUGUGUUUGUGUUUUUUAUUAAUAUGUUACUUGGUAUUUUCAGUCAAUUACUGAACACUAAAGAUUUAAAAAGUAGUUCAUAAUACUACAUUCAUUGAAAAAUGCUUUCAUAAAGUCCUUUUAUUUGUGGUCUGAAUCACUUAUUAAAAAAACACAUCCUUCAUUUUUUUAACUACCUUUGUCUGUAGCCCUUGUAGUUAAGUCUGGUAAUGGAUCCAGUUUUUAGUCUUGUCAAAUGUACCUUUUACAGUUCA